GCAUUUGUACUUUAAGAGGCGUCCUCAUAGUCACUUUGAUUCUCACAAGCACUCUGCACGCACGCAAGGUGUCAUUAACUUCGCGUUACAGGUGCUGAGGUCGCAGCACGGUCAGGGAUGCCAGACCCUGGAGGAGCCAGGUGGCGUGCUGCCUCCCUGCCACCCCCUCGCUCUGCUCUUCCUGGUCCUCACUUCGCUGUCAAACGCCGCGGAGCCGGGCUGCCGAGGCGCGGAGGCCUGGGCUGAGGCGACUCGUGGACGCGGCCGGAGGCCACAGAGGCCGGAAGUGCGGGCCGGAGCGCUCCGGGGCUGCGCCGCGAUGGCGAGAAUGCUGGCCGUCCGGGUGGUGGCGGGGCUGGCGGCGGCCGCGCUGGCCGCCCUGCUGUUGGAGCACUACGGCCUGGCUGGGCCGUCCACGCCGCUGCCGAAGCCCAGAGGCUCCCAGAGGCCGCAUCCCGCCCCGGGAUCGGAAGCCAACAAUAUCUUCUGGGGUCUGCAGAUAUCCGACAUUCACCUGAGCAGGUUUCAAGAUCCAGGCAGAGCGUUGGCCUUAGAGAAGUUCUGUUCGGAAACUAUUGACAUCAUUCAACCGGCUCUAGUCCUGGCCACUGGAGACCUGACAGAUGCCAAAACAAAGGAACACUUGGGAUCCAGACAACACGAAGUAGAAUGGCAAACUUACCAGAGAAUUCUGAAGAAGACAAGAGUCAUGGAGAAAACCAAGUGGCUGGAUAUCAAAGGGAAUCACGAUGCAUAUAACAUUCCAAGUCUGGAGAGCAUCGCCAAUUAUUACAGGAAAUACUCUGCUGUGCGUAAGGACGGCUCUUUCCAUUACAUCCACAGCACCCCCUUUGGUAACUACUCUUUCAUCUCUGUGGAUGCCACCCAAAGGCCAGGGCCAAAGAGACCCUACAAUUUCUUUGGAAUUUUAGAUGAGAAACAGAUGGACGAACUCUUAUCAUUUUCCAUGAAAAGCAGUCAGAGCAACCAGACGAUUUGGUUUGGCCACUUUACAACAUCAACUAUCAUGUCUCCAUCCCCAGGGAUCCGAACAGUAAUGGGUUCCGCUACAGCCUAUCUGUGUGGGCACCUCCAUACGCUUGGCGGGCUGAUGCCUGUCCUACACACUCGCCACUUUACAGGCACGCUGGAACUUGAGGUGGGAGACUGGAAAGACAACAGAAGGUACCGGAUCUUCGCCUUUGAUCACGACCUCUUUAGCUUUGCAGAUGUGACCUUUGACAAGUGGCCUGUGGUUCUUAUCACCAACCCCAAAUCACUCCUCUAUAGUUGUGCUAAGCAUGAACCACUAGAAAGGCUCUUCCAUUCCACACACAUAAGAGUAUUGGCCUUUUCCUUAUCCCCCAUCACUUCUGUCACUGUUAAGAUUGAUGGAGGUGAUAUAGGCCAGGCUUCUCACUUGUCUGGUCCUAUUUUCAUACUGAAGUGGAACCCUAGAAACUACAGUAAUGGGACACAUACCAUAGAAGUAUUCGUCCAGGAUUCAGCUGGAAGAAGCAGGAGUGCUCACCAUAUAUUUUCGGCCCAAGAGACUGCUCAUCUCACGUUUGAUCCUUUGGCAUCAUUUAUUCUCCUUACUGACCACUACAUUGUGGCCCGGGUCCUGUUUGUGCUGAUUGUGCUGAUCCAGCUCACCUUGCUGAUUACAUUCAGAUAUCUCGCAUACCCAGGGAUUAAAGAACCUUUUGGAUUUGCAAAUCUGACCACAUUUUCCCUUCAUAUCUUGAGCAAAAUAAACAUCUCCUACUAUUCUGUUUUGUUGUUGACCUUGUGUACAGUGCUGGGACCAUGGUUUGUUGGUGAGAUAAUUGAUGGCAAAUUGGGUUGCUGCUUUUCGUUUGGGAUAUUUGUUGAUGGACAUUUCCUGCAAGGUGGUCUAACAUUUAUAAGUGGAAUUAUACAGAUGGUAUUCUUUAACAUCCCCUUGGUGGCUUACAUAUGCUGGAGUUUGCUACAGCGCUGCUUUGGUCACAACUUCAGAUCUCAUCUCCACCAGGGAAAAUAUUUGACAAUUACACCUGUUUACGUACUUAUGCUGCUGCUGUACACAUGGCAGGUUUACUCUUGCUACUUUCUUCAUGUGACAUAUGGCCCCCUAGCCUUUAUACUCUCCCCAUUGAGGACCUGGUUGGCAUUGCUGACCCCCGUGCUCAUUUAUCGUGUGUGGACAUUGAACUCCACUGAACUUGGAAUAUUCAUGGUGCACUUAAAAAGUCAUCUGAGCUCCUGAAGUCCAUGGCUUACAGCUUGCAGCCUGGAAGAAGCCCAGCCUCCACAUUUGUGGCCCAGAUUUCUGCCCCAGUGGCAGAUGGGAAAGCCAGUAUCAGUGGGUGAGCUUCAGGAAGCUGUCACUCCUUGGACGUCUGAAUGUUGGAAAUGUUUACUACUGAUUCCUGCUGUGUGGACUGCAGAAAAGUCUAAGGACUGAUUCUUCCUCAGGAGGCAAAGAGCCCUAAUCAAGGAGAUUGCCACGGUGGGGUCUCAGUGCCAGAGCCCUCACCACUACUGUGUUUAUUAUGGUCAUCCUGUGAAAAGCACCCAGCCCAAACCUGGAGUUCAGGAUGUCAUUUUAUGCCUAGGGAGCCUGUGGAAACUUGUCCUGGACCUUUACCACUCUUGAGAAUUGACUUCCCAGCCUGUUUCCCCAAGGAUUGUGGGCUUUCUGCUUCUUUAGUCAAGACUGUUUUCAACUAAUCAAAUAAAUGAAUGAAUGAAUGAUAACCACAAACAAUGGGUUGAAGAGAUCAGUGGUUAAGAGCAUGUACUUUACCUCCAGAAGAUCUAAGUUCAAUUCCUAGCAACCGUGUUAGAUGCUCACAACUGCCUGUAACUAGUUCCAGGCCAGAGUCACUGUGGGCACAUACAUUUAUAUGUACACAGACUUACAUGUAAUUUAAAAAUAAUAAAAGAUAAGUAUUAACAAAGAAAUAUCACAAA